AUGUUAACAGAUUGCGAUUUUUAUAGCAAACAAAGUAUUACUGAAUUAUAGGCAUCAUUGGCUCAUAAGAAAAAGAAGAUUCAGAUUUUAAAAUAAGAAAAGAAUUCUUUGUUGAACAGGAUAGAUGAAUUGAAUCAGAAAGUCCAUGAUCAAGCAGAAGAAUUCAAAAAGUAUAGAAUGAAAGUCAGAGGUCUAGAAAAAUAGCACUCUCAUUUGAAACACUAGAAUGAGAACUUAAAAAAGGACUAGAGUAUGAACAAUGAGACAAUUACAUUGUUUUAAAAAGGGUUCAAAAGAGAUGAAUUCAAAAAGCAUGAAAGAACGGUUGCUUAAUUAUAAAAUGACAUUAUUAAAUUGUCUAAUGCUUUAGAAGAACAUAAAAUAGUUAGAGAAUCAAACUGCGAAGAAAUAACAAGACAAUUAGUUUAUAUCUAAGAAUUAGAAGAUCAACUAAAUGCAUAUAAACAAAUGUCAGAAGUUGAUUAAUAGAAAUAUAACAACUAGCAACUAUAUUAAACCAUCGAAGAUCUGAAUUAUUAAUUGUAGAUGUCAAAUAAAAAUAAAGAUGAAGAUUAUCAAAAUAAAUUACAAGAAUUACAAUAAAUAGCUGAUAUUUCUAAGCUGAAAGAAAAAGAACUUACUUUAAAGAUAGCUCAAUAAGAAAAGCUUUAUCAGAUGCAAAUUACAAAAAUAAUAAAAGUUUGUGAAUCAGUAUAUGAAGAAUUGUCUAAUAAAGUAGCUAACAAAGUAGAAGUUAAAGAUAUCCUAUAGAAAUUGAAUAUUUCCAAAAAGGAUAUCGAUUUAGAUUUACUUAAAAUUGAAUCUGAAAUUAACGCCUAAACUUGUGAGGAAUUAUAGAGUAAAGUAGAUAAUUUAUCGAGCGAAAAUCAAAAUAUAAAACAAAAAUUUUAAGCAACUUCUACAAACAAAGAAGCUCUGUAAAUGAGAGAACAGGAUUUAAUUCAUUAAAUUGAAAAAUUACAAUAAUAAGUUGAAAGACAGAAGGAAUUAAACUAAAUGAGAUAAAAGACUAUGUCAGAAUAAAUCUCAGCUUUGUAGAGAACAAACAAAUAGUUAAAUUAGGAUGUAGAUAAAAUAACCAAGGAAGUGUAAGACUUAAGAGAGGAAAAGGUCAUUCUACAAUAGACCAUACAAAGAUAGGAGAAGAAAAUACAAACUCUUAGUCUGUCUAAAUAAAGAUGA